UAUGAAUUGGCUAAUUGAAUUCACUUAAAUAGCCAGUAAAAGCUAGGUAAUGCAGAGUGUAGUUCCUUCCAACCAGCAAGAGGCACUUCCAUUGUACUUUGGAAGCGGUCGCUGUCGAGCCAUGGCAGACCGAAUGAGCUACUUCAAGAGCUUCACGUCUUUGACGGACCCCCUCUUAGACGAUUGGAACACUGUAAACAAUGACGGCGACUCGCCAAGCCAAUACUGUCAUCGCAAGACGUCGUCGCCUUGGAUUCAGACAUAUCAAGGCUAUUACGCUUCAGCAUGGGAAGCUGCUGCGAGUUUGAAUGAGUCAUCUACUCAGAGAUUACAAAGACAAUUGACCUACUUGUCCAAACGUGUUCAAGCAGACAUCCAGACGCUCCACGACCGACUAGACGCGGUUCAAAUCAACGUUAUGGACGCUACGAGGGAUGCAGAAGGAUCACUGACAGAAGAUUUACUAUGCUUGGAAGUGCUGCCACCACAGUCACAGGCUCCUGUUCAACCUUCGUGGAUGGAAAUGCCUCCAACGCAUGUGUCACUGGAUAUGUUCGAGCGGCGGCUGAACGAGUUUGGAAACCAGCAAAGGCUUCAAAUGGAAGAUCAGUUGGCGAUCCAUGGCGCCAAGUGGAAGAGGAUGCUUGAGCAAGUUGAACAAACACUUCUGAACUCUCUUGUCCACGUCAAGCAAAUGCAGCCUACGAUAGACACGAGUUCAGAUGCCUCUGAUCGAGGUAAUCUUGCCGCGAAUCAUGACAUCCAUGGCGAAGUCAGCCAACUCGAAGAAGGUGAUCAGGACGGCACAACGUUUGAGAUCAAAUUGUUCAACCCAACGUCUGAAGAAAGGGACUUUGAACACGUUGGAGACAAGUGCAGCCCAGACUUCAGCUUGACAGAGGACGAAGACUGGUAUAUGCUGUGAUGCACCUGCCUCUGGGCAUAGAGUGGAUCGCCUGAAUUUGUUUUGUGGCUUGUAAUAUCGAUUGUGUCGUUUUUGUUGUGUGACAUUUCACGCGUGUGAACACAGAGUGGUAUACGG